UGUAAGAAUAUACUUAUUUUACUUAUGGUAAGCCUAAUAGUUUAUCUACCUAUUUAAUCACAGGGUGUUGUCAGGUCUGUGAUUAAUGGAUUACUGAACCCUUGUCCAGGGGCUUGCUUUAAGCAUUAGACUAUUGUACCAUCUGAAAAUAGUAUGUAUUUUGAUUGUUUUCUUGUCCACAAGCUUAUUGUUUGUUGGAGGAAAGAAUGCAGGAUACCCGAUAGCAUUUUCGAGCAUUUCCUAUGUGCUUUUUUGUCACACACUUUGUCUCAAGAUCGCGUAUAUUCCUCACAGCAACCCUACUCCGUUGGUACCGUUUUUUACAGAGCAGUAAAGUGAGGUUCUGGAGGAGUUAAGUAACUCUCCAAGGCCACACGCUGGAUAAGUGGAGGAUCCCAGGAGAGGGCCAGGUUCACAGCGCAGGGAAAUCUCCAGUUUACUGAGGGUCAGAUGCUUCAGGUCCCAGUGACAAUGGGCCUGAAAGCUCUACGCAGUCCAGAUCUCCAGACUUCCUGGAGCUGCCACCUACUGCUGUUUUUCCGCUACGCCGCAGAAAAUACUCUCAGAGACCGAUUCUGCCUUCACAUACCAUGCAAAUUCUAUGGCUGGAAGGCCUGAGUUCAGCAAGGGAAAAGCUGUGUGCUUUUCAGCCUCUUUCCCAGGCUGCGGUGGAAACCCCGCCCCCGUCUCCGUGGAAACCCAGCUUCUGCGGUCGCUGUUACCAAGGGGCGGAGCUGGGGGGCGCUGCCCUUCCCCCGGUCUGCAGCGGCUCUGGGGCUGGGAGCGAUCACAGUCACCCCUUAACCUCUCUGUUCCUCUUCUCCCCUGACCUCCCUUCCUCUUGUCCUUUCGUGUCCCGAACCGCAUCCUGGGGCCCGCACUCCUGCACGGACUUCGGCGUGGACGGCGCACCGCGAUUGCGGGCCUGCGAUCCGUCCUGCGUGGCCUCCACCGACGCCCCCACCUCCCGGGCCCACCCCUCGGCGGCGCUGAUUGGCCGCUUCUGGGCCACAUUCCCCCGCCCCCUGGCCCGGCAGGGUCCUCGGCCCAGCGGAAAGUUUUCUUUGCCGGGAGGAAGUUGGACGUUCGCAGACUGCGAGAAAGCAGCUCCGGAGGCUGCAGGGGUCUGGGCCGCCAUGGAGGAGCCCCCUUUGAGAGAGGAAGAGGAGGAAGAGGAGGAGGAGGAGGCGGGCCCCGAGGGGGCUCUGGGCAAGAGCCCCUUGCAGCUGACCGCUGAGGACGUAUAUGACAUCUCGUACGUGAUGGGCCGUGAGCUGAUGGCCCUGGGCAGUGACCCCCGGGUGACGCAACUGCAGUUCAAGAUCGUCCGCGUCCUGGAGAUGCUGGAGACGCUGGUGAAUGAGGGCAACCUGACGGUGGAGGAGCUAAGAAUGGAGCGGGACAACCUCAGGAAGGAGGUGGAGGGGCUGCGGAGAGAGGGCUCGGCUGCCCGCCCGGAGGUGGACCUGGGACCAGACAAAAUGGUGGUUGACCUGACAGAUCCCAACCGACCACGCUUUACUCUGCAGGAGCUGAGGGACGUGCUUCAGGAGCGCAACAAGCUCAAGUCGCAGCUGCUGGUGGUGCAGGAAGAGCUGCAGUGCUAUAAGAGUGGCCUGAUUCCACCAAGAGAAAACCUAGGAGGAAGAAGAGAGAAAGAGACUCUUGUUCCCAUGGGCAGCAAUGCCAACAGCAACAAGGAGGAGAAGACAAUCAUAAGGAAACUGUUCUCUUUCCGAUCAGGGAAGCAGACGUAGACCUGAGGCCACGACUGCGUUCUCAGACACAGAAGACAACCCACAAAGACAACUUCCACAAUCAUCUCUCAGUGCCAUGCGUACCCACUGCACUUGCUUCUUCGCUUCCCCUCAAAGCCGUCCGAGGAGGAAGGGGUGAGGCUUUCUCCCCGGCUGCAGAACUGAACACCCCUAACGCUGGGCCAGGGCAGGAGAAGUGGCAAAAGAAAUCGAGAAAGCAGAAAAAAAUAGUGGGGCCACCUGCAGCCCCACUUCAACCAUCCAGGGGGCCCCAAACAUGUAGAUGUCGAUGCCAGCUCUGCUUCCCUGGGCCCACGUCUUUACCACACAGCAGUGAAAUAUACCAGCCCAAGUGGGGAUGGGGAGAGGAUGCAGGAAAACCUGGUAUGGACAUUGCAAUGAUAACUUCACUGAUAUUUAGUGAAUAUUUGAUUUUGCUCAUAUGAUUUUCUAUGUAUAAUUUUGUAUUAAAGUAAAAUAACUUUUACACUUUCUGUGUUUUAGAGUGGCCUCUUAAGAGUUAUGUGACCUGGUGUAAGGUACUUCUUCAGCCUUUUGGAGUCUUGGUUUCCAAAUUUGUGAACUGUAUACAGUUGACUCUUGACCAAUUCAGUUUGAACUGCGCAGGUCCACUGACAUAUGGAUGUUUUUCUAUAGUAAACACCGUGAAAUUGAAAGUGAAAA